CAGCAGAAGAAGUAUGGCGGCGUCCAUGUUGUCCGUUUUGAAACAGUCUCAUUUUUGCCAGCCAACCUGUACCUGGUUGAACUUGGUACGAUGGAAAAAGAAACCUCCGAAAUUUGCUGAUCCAAAAGACACAUCGUGGGCUCAACCUCUGCUUGACUGGAAGCGGAGGCAGUCCGAGUUUUCUGCUGAGGAACCGUCGAUGAUUCACAUGGUGCGACGGAUCAAGACACUUGUUGGCAGGCCCUACUGGGAAAAGGAAACCAUGAAGGCUCUAAGACUUGACACCAAGAUAAAUGAAGUAGUUGUGCACAAGAACACCCCAGAGGUGAACACGUUGCUGAAGUCUGUGAAACAUCUCAUACAGAUCACGCGGGUCAAGUUUCCGUAUGGCCUGCCCGAGACCGAGGACGACCUGAGAAACUGCGUCCUCCAGGACGACGGUCAGCUAGUGGUGACCAAGACUGUCCACCCGGUGUCCGUAGUGGAGGAGGACACAACUCCACCCACGUGGGAAAUGAAUUCAGGGACCUUGAAAAAGCAUAACCAAAAUAAACUGGACAAUUUUGCGUUAAAUGCGGAAUAUUUUCCCGCAAAACCUACGUACAAAUAUAACCAAGAUGGGAAAGAGUAUAGGUACUUUGGCAAUCAAAACGUCGGAAAGAACAAAGUUCCUUUUUGAUUCAUUUUGGAAGCAGGUUCUGUGUUUUCAGUCUUAAUUGAAAUCGGGUCUUCAAAUCUUGCUGUCGUUUAAGUUUGACCAUUUUGAACAUAGGCGUCAGAAAUGAGGGGGUGGGGUAGGGGCAAAGGGCUAUGCAGGGCUUACUCUGUUCAUUGCCAAAUUAGCCAGUUGCCAAUUUCUAUGCAAAAUGGCUACAACAUUUAGUCUUUGGCUAAUAAAUUUUACUUUAAACUAACCAUUUCUUGGCAUUUGUAAUCAUUUAAGAUUUUCUUUGUAAUUACUUGACAUACAUGUAUCGUAAAAUUGACUAAAAUAAAAUUUAUUUUCAGUGUGAGCUCUGGGCUAUGGCCCGUAACUGAAAAUUAAAAGUUUGUUUUGUUUAACAACACCACUAGAGCACAUUGAUUUAUUGGAUAUUGAUUUAUUGGCUAACAUUUGGUAAUACCACAUAUAGUUUUAGAGAAGAAGCCUGCUACAUUUUUCCAUUAUUAGCAAGGGAUCUUUUACAUGCACUGAUAGGGAUCGAUCCCAGACUGACCGUGCAUCAGGUGAGCACUUAACCACUGGGCUAUGUACAGCACCCGAACUGAAAAUGAUGCAUCCCCCCACCUAAUUAAUUGAAAGGCAAGUAUAUAUAGCUGACAUCUUCUGACACCUAUCUCAUAUAUAUUAGUAUUACGGUCUCAUGUCAUUCAGACUGGCUGUGUUUUCUAAAGUUAAUAUUGUUCACGGGGGGGGGGGGGGGGGGGGGGGGGGGGGGGGGGGGGGGGGGUUGGGGUUGGGGAAUAGUUUGUUGGGUUUGGGUUUUUAAACUUUUUCUUCUUUUAGUAAGGGGAAUUGGAUACUAAGAAUGUGUGUGUUAUUAUUCUAGAAUGUGUUUGCGUUAUUAGUUAUUGCGUGAAAUAUAACAUGCAUUAAAUGCUAUUUAACAGUGUGGUUGAUGGAGACUGAUUAAACAUUCAUUUUUGUACGAAAUGAUAUACAUGUA